CAGCUAUCGAUCAGAGACUCGGUUGUGAACACUGGAAGAUGAUUUCAUGUUGACUCAAAUCUAGGUGGAAGCACGACAAAAAUGGCAUUAUAGUGAGGUGCAAUUAUGCUGUGAACUAUGGAUAGAUCAAGUUUGGAUCGGAGGUGGAGGGGCUCCUCAAAGCUCCGAGUCUCCAGCGAUCUAAAGUUUACUGGACUGGCUGAUCCUGGGGAGCAGCAACAGGCUGAGCCGGAGCUGCAUCCACAGGCUGAGCUGGAGCAGCGUCGGCAGCAGGCUGAGGCUGAGGCUGAGGCUCAGCGUCGGGAGCAGGCUGUGCGGCAGGCACGGGCCCAGCAGGUACGGGUUCGGCGGCAGGGACAGGCUGUGCGGCCGCUGCAGGCUCAGCGGCAGGCUGCUUGUCAGCAGGGGCGGCGGCCGGUUGCUCAGCAGGGGGAUCAGCAGGAGGCUGGGCCGGAGCUUCCGUGUUCGGUUCAGCGGGGACAUCCGUGGCGGGCUCAGCAGGGGGCUCGGUAGCAGGCUGAGCAGGGGCCUCAGUAGGGGCCACGGUCGGAAGAUCGGUGAUGACUGGGGCCUCCGUUCGGAGCGCGGGGGUGGGCUCAGGAGUGGUCUGCUCCGUCGCCUCGGUGGACUUGGAGCUGUGGCCGCUGAGCGUGAGCCACAGCACGACAACGACCGCCGCGAUGACUACGACAGCGCCCGUGAUGCCGACAAUGCGUUUGCGCUUCUGGGCAUCCGAGGCAUACUGCUCGCCGCGCAAGGGGGUUCUUUCCGUGGGCAUACUGUCCGGGUGGAUUCUACUAUCAAAGACUCAGAUACGCAAUGCACUCUGCGGCGACAAUCGAGAAAUGAGCUUCUGGAAUCAGCCCCUAGAGAAGCUUCCAUGGCAGAGGGGAGGCUGCGUGCACGAGGGCGAAUCAAAGCCGCUGACAGGUCGGCGUAAGCGAAACCACACAAAUAUAGAAGCUUGUGGGUGGCCCUGCUGCUUGGUCUGCUGCGUCGGACCAAGCUUUGAUUGUCAACGCAAGAUUUGUAUCGCGGGCUAGUGAUCUUGGUUGUGAAGCCAUCUACGAGCAUGGCCGCGGCGGCGGCGAAGGCAUUGGUCUGCAGCACAGUGACGCGAUCAAAGCCCGACAACGUUGCGAGAGCCAAGGCUUGGUAUGAUGCUCGUUGAGCAGAGCGAAUGAAUCAUGGUACAAGGCGAGUUCCUGGAAUGCGCAAUGCUCCAUGUCAUCAUGCGAUACAUGACCACUAUGCUCUUCAUCUGCCACGACUCCGCACUGUGCCAUUGCACCAUGUCUUGCGCCGGAAAUUCGCAAGUCGGCUCCUAGCGUAGACGUCGCGAAGGCAGCUCAACCAGAGCCAUUGCUGUAGGGAACAGCUCGAAGCUGGAGGCUCGCAAUGGCAAUCUCAUACUCAUCAAGCACCUGAUUCAUAUGUCCACGUCAGUAGUUCAUAAACGAGCCAAAGUUAUCAGGUGUGUCUUGCGAGCUAAAAUCACUUCAACACAAACAUGGGCAUUUCAAUUGACUCAAUUGUCAAAUGCCUACAGCUCUUCAUUGCGGAGGAACCGGUUGAUCAUCUCGAGCGCCACUUCCGGUUGAUCCAUAGCCGCCAUGUGACCCGCGUUGAACACUCGCAGGAACGUCAGUCGCUUGGCGUACGUCCAAACACUCCCGGUGUCUCUCGCAUCGACCUCAAACACGUGCUCCUCGACCGUCUGGAACUCCUUUUGAUGAGGCCACGCUAACGCUCUUGUCCACGCCAGUCCGCCGUACCAGUUGCACACCAGGUCGGCGUCGCCAUGAUAGAUCAGCACACGGACAGAGCUGUCACCCAGCAGCUCCUCAACGUGCUGCUCGAACGUCUUCAUCAAGUCCGCAGCGAACGCCAGCUCUACAUCCGCCGCUGCCGCCUGCCACGGUGCGGGGUGCACACCCGAUACAUGCAGGUAUGAACGUACUGUGUCUGAGUUCAGAUACCCGGUGAUACGCUUGACCAUAUCUCCGUAACAGUAGAUCGGAUCUAGCUCAGUGCAUUCCUGACGGAUGUCCAUCAUGUUGCGACCCGCACCAACGUACGCGCCCAUGACAUUGAGUUCGCAGAACUCUGCAGCCUCGAUACACACGCUCAAGUUUGUUUGGCAGGCUCUUACAAGCGAGAUGCACUGCUUCUCUGCGAUCUUUGCUCUCGCCAGAGUCUCGUCGUCCAUCAACUUAACUCCGUACGCGUUGUCGACCAUAUCCAAGCCGUGCUUGCUCUAGUACACAGCGAUGGUUAAGUUUCUUUUUUCAUUGUUAAUUAUUAGUAUAUGUAGUGCGUUUACCUGCACGACAGUG